CGGGCCAUAGCGCCUGGACGAUGACCUAGCGCCCCGCAGCCCGUCCGGCCUCGCCAGCGCCCGCGGACCCUCCGCCCCGUGCUCUCAGGACCGCGGGCGCGGUGCCGAUCGACGGGUGGGACAAUCGCUUCCGUCGUCGGAAGAAGAGUUUCCGUGGAUUUUGGUGGGGGGCGGGGGGGUGGGGAGCUUCGUGGCUUUUUUUUCUUCUUUUUUUUUUCCUUCCUGAACAUUUGGAGAGGGGAAGUCGGGGAAGGAGGAACAACUGCCCACGAGUGGGACAAGGGGGACCGGGGCUCCCCGGCACUGGGUUCAGGAUGGACGUGGCGGACCCACAGCAGCUGGGCAUGUUCACGGAGGGAGAGCUGAUGUCUGUGGGCAUGGACACCUUUAUCCAUCGCAUCGACUCCACUGAAGUUAUCUACCAACCUCGGCGUAAGCGGGCUAAGCUCAUCGGCAAGUACCUGAUGGGGGACCUGCUGGGGGAGGGCUCCUACGGCAAGGUGAAGGAGGUGCUGGAUUCCGAGACUCUGUGCCGGAGGGCCGUCAAGAUCCUCAAGAAGAAGAAGUUGCGGCGGAUUCCCAACGGGGAGGCCAAUGUAAAGAAGGAGAUCCAACUCUUGAGGCGGCUGAGACACAGGAAUGUCAUCCAGCUGGUGGAUGUGCUGUACAAUGAGGAGAAGCAAAAGAUGUAUAUGGUGAUGGAGUACUGUGUGUGUGGUAUGCAGGAGAUGCUGGACAGCGUGCCUGAGAAGCGGUUCCCCGUGUGCCAGGCCCACGGGUACUUCUGUCAGCUCAUUGAUGGCCUGGAAUACCUGCAUAGCCAAGGUAUAGUGCACAAGGACAUCAAGCCUGGUAACCUGCUGCUCACCACCAGCGGCACGCUCAAGAUCUCCGACCUGGGCGUUGCCGAGGCCCUGCACCCAUUUGCCGCUGAUGACACCUGCCGGACAAGCCAAGGCUCCCCGGCGUUCCAGCCUCCUGAGAUCGCCAAUGGCCUGGACACCUUCUCUGGGUUCAAGGUGGACAUCUGGUCAGCCGGGGUCACGCUUUACAACAUCACAACGGGCCUGUACCCCUUCGAGGGAGAUAACAUCUACAAGCUAUUUGAAAACAUCGGGAAAGGGGACUUCACAAUCCCGGGCGACUGUGGCCCCCCACUCUCCGACCUACUCAAAGGGAUGCUGGAGUAUGAGCCGGCCAAGAGGUUCUCCAUACAGCAGAUCAGGCAGCACAGUUGGUUCCGGAAGAAACACCCUCUGGCAGAGGCACUUGUGCCCAUCCCACCGAGCCCAGACACCAAGGACCGGUGGCGCAGCAUGACAGUGGUACCUUACCUAGAGGACCUGCAUGGCCGUGCCGAGGAUGAGGACGACGACCUCUUUGACAUCGAGGAUGGCAUCAUAUAUACCCAGGACUUCACUGUGCCUGGACAGGUCCUGGAGGAGGAGGCCAGUCAGAAUGGACAGAGCCACAGUCUGCCCAAGGCUGUGUGCAUGAAUGGCACAGAGUCUGCACAACUGAGCAGCAAGUCGAAGGCCGAGUGCCGGACUGGUGCCACCUACUCUGCCCGUAAGGCCUGUGCCAGCAGCAAGAUCCGACGGCUAUCAGCCUGCAAGCAACAGUGAGGGUGCCGCCUGCAGCCUAUCGCCAGGACUCCCCACCAGGUGCCACCACCCAGGCCCUCCUCAGUCUUCCUGCAGGCUCUUGGCCCACCGCCCACCUUCGAAGGUGGCCACCAUGCCUCUGUGCUGACUGCUCAGGACUUCAGGAGCACAAGGGUCAGGCAGGGGCGCAACAGAGACCCAGGCCCAGCCCAACCCUCAGCUGCCGGCGCACAGCACCCCCCCACAGUGGACAGGACUUGACCCUGCAGUCCUGUGAGGAGCCUUUCCUACGCAGGGGAGGGGGAAGCCUGGCCUCCGAGAUGCACUUUAUGUUUAGACUACUGGCUCUCCACCACCUCCAUGGUGGUCUUCAUUGCUGUUAGGGCCUUCACACCUGCUGACAAGUGGGGAAUGCUCAGCCAGACAGCUGGAGGAGACCAGACCUCCUGUCAACCGCCUUGCAUGCAGAACUGCUCGAGGGAGCCUUGGCUGCCUUGUUUUUGUUUGGUUGGUUCCUUUUUUUUUUUUUUCCUUUUUUUUUUUAAUAAAACAGGUGGAUUUGA